AUGAUUGAGUACUUGGGAAGUCAGGAGAAGGAAUACAAGCAGAGGAUUGAGAAGGCUAGGCCUUCGAGAGGCAAUGCAUAUGCUAAGAGAUCAAGGAGUUUAAGUGCGAGGCUUUUGCAUAAGGUUAAGGAACGAGUUCUUAAAUGGUACCCAGACCAAGGGUAUAGUUUUGCUAAUGUUGUGAGUUUUGGUAACUUGAACAGUAAGGAACUUAUUUUUGAAGUUAUGGAAGGAGACAUAACUCAGUUGGUUAUUCAGUUUCAAGAUAAGCUUGGUAAUGUAGCUGAAGGUCAUGUGCUCAACAUAAAAGUUGUGCACGAAGCUGUUAGGAACAUUCACUCUUUAGGCUUGUUCUCAAAUAUCGAGAUCAUGCCAAUUCCAAAUGAGAAAAGGGAAGGAGGUGUAAUUGUUGAGGUCAAGCUUCAAGAGACAGAUCAAAAAUCAGUAGAAGGUAGUGCAGAUCGGAGUAUUGUUCCUGAUCCCGGAGGAUAUCCUUCAUUGGCUUCUUCUCAGCCAAGCGGGACUAUUUCUUUCGAACAUCCAAACAUCAAGGGUCUUAAUCGAUCUCUUAUAGGUUCAAUAGCCACUAGUAACUUCUUGAAUCCUGAGGAUGAUCUUUCGUUUAAGCUUGAGUAUGUACAUCCAUAUCUAGACGGUGUUUCCAAUCCUAGAAACCGUACCUUCAAAACAAGCAUCUUCAACAGUAGUAAACUUAGCUCAGUACUCACUGGAGGACCUGGAUUUGAGGAAGCAGUGGCACCAAUCUUGAUGGAUCGAGCUGCAAUCAAUGUUAAUGGAUCUCCAACAACUCUCAGUGGUAUGGGCAUCGAUCGUGUAGCAUUUCUACAAGGUAACAUAACACAAGACAACACUAAGUUUGUGAAUGGAGCUAUUGUUGGAGAGAGGAAGAUCAUCCAGGUGGAUCAAUGCUUAGGUGAUCUACCAGGCUAUGAUGCUUUUUCUCUUGGAGGUCCUAACUAUGUUCGCUACACUAAGGGAGAGCUUGGUGCAGCUAGAAACAUUGUCGAGCUAAAGGUUGGUGCUGAGCUUAGAGUAAAUGUGAAGAAUACACAAGGGUAUGCAUUUGCUGAGCAUGGAAACGAUUUGGGAAGCUCAAAGGAUAUGAAAGGGAAUCCGACCGCGGCUUUCAGAAGAGAGGGACAUGGUUCAUCUUAUGGUGUGGGUAUGAAACUUGGUUAA